GAGUAACCAACAACUAAACCAUCAUGCUUAUUUGGUGGAUUGUGUUUAAAUCGUUGAAAAUUUUCACCGUUGAUGGAGCCCUAAUCCAAAAUUUAGGCGGCCAGUGGCUCCUCAACGAAAACAACCAAACGACUAAAUCGAUUUUAGGUCUGGUAAAUCUUACAGCAACCGUCCCGGGCGGCAUUUACACCGACCUAAUGAACAACCGGAUCAUCGGCGACAUAUUGUAUGGAAAAAACGACACCGCAACUAGAUGGGUCGCCAAAACCGACUGGACCUACAAAAGAAACUUCUUGGUCGACGAGAAUUUACGCAGCUACGCUGUCACGAAUAUAGUGUUUGAGGGCUUGGAUACGUUUGCCAGGGUGCUUAUCAACGAUAUGGAAGUCGGCAGGAGCGAAAAUAUGUUCGUGCGUUAUAUCUUUGACGUAAAACAGCUGUUACAGGUUGGCUACAAUGAAGUCGAGGUUAGAUUUGCGUCCCCUGUUAAAAUUGGAAAUAUUUUGGCCGAGCGACAAACUUAUCCUCUACCUUUUGGGUGUCCACCCAGUGUAAAGUACCAUGGAGAGUGCAACGUCAAUCAGAUGCGGAAAAUGCAAGCAUCGUUUACUUGGGAUUACGCGCCGGCUUUUCCCUCGAUGGGUAUAUGGCAAGACGUGUACUUAGAAGCGUUCAAUUCAUCCGUGGUACGUUAUCUCGUGGUCGACAACGAAGAAACAACCAAUGGGUGGAUUUUACAAGUCUCUACCUACUUAAGUGCGAAGAAAAGACAGAACGUUUCGGGUAAACUUAAGUACAAGCUUAAUCUGGACACAUCGUCGAUUACCAAAGUAGUAGUAGUCGACACAAGGGCGGAAAGUGACGAAGUUAGAAUUGAUUUUACGUUCGCACUUCCAAAAGGUGUUGUUCGGAAAUGGUGGCCACGUGGCUAUGGCGAGCAAAAAUUGUACAAUCUGUCAGUUUCCUUCCACAGUGGUGCCGAAAUAAGUUCUAAAAGUGUGAGAGUUGGGUUUAGGACGGUGAAGUUAAUUCAGGAACCGGUGGGUUCCGGUCUUAGCUUCUACUUCAAAGUGAACAACCUCCCAAUAUUCGCAAAGGGCGCUAAUCUAGUCCCUGCUCACAUCCUCCCGGAAAAAAUCAACGAUCCUACCGUUCUCUCAAAAUUACUAGAAAGCUCUCACAUUUGCAACAUGAACAUGCUACGAGUCAGUGGAACUGGGUUCUACCAACCUGACUACUUCUACGAACGGGCAGACGAACUAGGGAUAUUAAUCUGGCAAGACUUCAUGUUUGCCUUCUCCACAUACCCUACUCAUCCGGAGUACCUGGAUAACGUGAGGAACGAAGUCCGUCAUCAAGUUAAACGUCUACAUGGUCACGCUAGUGUGGUCAUUUGGGCCGGCAAUAGCGAAAAUGAGCUAGCCUUUGCCAAAAACUGGUGGGGGACGAAGAAGAAUGAAGAUAGAUACAAGAAAGACUACGUUCGGCUCUUUAUUAACACCAUACGUUCCGAGUUAUUUAAGUUGGCUAAAAAUACGUUGUAUGUGACAACCAGUCCUACCAACGGUGGCGAGUCUGACUUUUCUCUUGACCCACUAGAUCCAGCUUUUGGUACAAUCCACUUCUAUAAUUACUAUGGUUCGAACAGUUUUCAAACUGGGAGCUACCCUCUGUCGCGGUUCCUGCUAGAACUUGGGUAUCAGUCCUUUCCCGAUAUGGACGCUUGGCGAACUGUCACUGACUCCGUAACAGAGUUACAUCCUGACAGUUUUUUGGUAUAUUACAGGCAGCACCAAGUGUUCGGAACGUUACUAAUCAAACAACUGCUAAAUUAUCAUUUCGAUCUUAAAACCUGGGGUGGAGAUUACUUCGAACGAUUUAUUUUCUGUUCUCAGAUUAAUCAAGCGGUGUCGAUCAAGUGUGCGGUGGAGUACUAUCGUACUUACAUGAAGAGGGUCAACGCCCAAGGGUUGGGUAACACCAUGGGGGUGAUCUUCUGGUCACUGAACGACGUAUGGGUGGCACCCACAUGGUCGUCCAUAGAUUUCACGGGCAAGUGGAAAAUGUUGCACUACUACGCUAAAGACUUUUUUGCUUCUACCAUAAUAACGGGAUAUGUGGAUAACGACAAAGUAUACGUAUACGUGGUGACUGAAGAUGUCCAGUGGUUGAACGAAACUGGGGCGGCAGCCGCCGAGAUCUCGGUCUUCCGAUGGACUUCAUUCGUUCCUGUUUCGUCUACGACGAUAAACGUGUCCUUGGCGUACGGAAACCCGGUGUGUGUCCUUGAAGGUGGCCUCGACAAGUCUCUCGGUUGCUCAAGGACGGACUGCUUUUUGUACCUCACGCUUCGAAGAGGACGUGAAGUCGUAGCACCGCACAACUUCAUUUUGCCGACUUCUUUGCGGUUUUCGGCCCUCGAGCAAACGCGGGUUGAAAUUUUGGAAAUUAAGGAGGCUGAUGGUGGGGGGAGGAAUUUUGAAGUGAGAGUGUGGGCUAGUGGAGUCAGUCUUUUCGUGUGGUUGGAUUCGCAUAAAGUUCGAGGGAGAUUUAGCGAAAAUGGGUUUUUGCAAGUGAGUGCUGUGAAAAGUGUUACGUUUCUGGCUGAAGAAGAUGUUAUUGUUGCAGAUUUAGAAACUAAUUUGACUGUCACUCAUCUUAAUUGUAAUACAUAGUUGGUUAAUUGGUUUCGAUUUUUCUGAAUAAAUUUUACGAU